UCUGCAGUGUUAAAAAACCCGAUCUGUAAGUUAUAUAGGUUCCCUACUUCUGACAACAAGUGGAUGCGGAUCCGGGAACAGAUGGCUGAGACCACCCUCUCUUUCCAUGUUCCGAAAGAACUGAUCAAUCUGCACAUAAAGGAGGAUAUGAGAAGGAAUCAGGAACUUAAAGACUUGGGAGAACUUGCUCCUCACUGGGACAAUAUGCGCAAAAGUGUUAUUGCUCACUGUGAUCAGAUGUUGAGCAUGUACCAGGAUACUCUUGCGGAGCUUGGAAAGCAUACAGGUUCUUCCUUCAAAUCAAGCUGUAGUAAAGGAGAAAAAACUUUAGAAUUCAUCCCAAUAAAUCUCCAUCUGCAAAGAAUGCACGUGCAUAGUCCUCGAUUGAAAGAUGCUCUGUAUGACGUCAUCACCGUGGGAGCCCCGGCAGCCCAUUUCCAAGGAUUUAAGAAUGGUGGUCUUCGAAAACUGCUGAGUAAAUUUGAGGCAGAAAGACGAAAUACUGGAUACCAGUGUAUUUACUAUUCACCUGAAAACACAGCCAAGGCAAAAGAAGUUCUCAGCAACAUCAAUCAUCUACAACCUCUUAUAUCAAGCCAUGCAGACCUGCUGCUUAAUUCUGCAAGCCAGCAUUCUCCAGACAGCUUGAAGAAUUCUUUAAAGAUGCUUUCAGAAAAAACAGAGUUAUUUGUGCACGCAUUUAAGGAUCAGCUGAUCAGAAGCGCCCUUUUAGCACUAUACACAGCCCGGCCUGGCUGUGUCCUCAAGAAACCAGCUGUGCCUCGAAAUAGUGCAGAAGACGGGGAUGAUCUACAGCAUCAGGAUCAUCCUUCCAAGAUGAAAAGACAGGACUCCAUACCCCAUCAUUCGGAGUAUGAUGAGGAAGAGUGGGACAGGGUGUGGGCUAAUGUGGGAAAAAAAAAAUGCGUUAUUGCCAUGGUGGACAGACUGCUUGAAAAAGACAACAUCAGGAAUGUUAAAGAAGGUGAAAAUGACCCUUCAGCAGCAGACUGCAAGGUGCUGCAUACAGGUGGUGACUGGUACGAACAGCUUUACCCCCUGGUGAUUACGCUGAAGGACUGCAUGGGAGAGGUGGUAACCAGGGCGAAGCAAUCGAUGGCGUUUGUUCUGCUCCAGGAACUUGCCUGUGGUUUGCCACAAUGUUUGAUGCUGACACUCAGAAGAGACAUCGUCUUUAGUCAAGCACUGGCUGGAUUGGUCUGUGGGUUUAUAAUCAAAUUGCACACAGGUUUACACGAUCAAGGAUUUUUACAACAGCUUCAUACUGUUGGAUUGCUUGUGCAAUAUGAAGGACUCCUUAGUACGUAUAGUGAAGAAGCAGGGAUGCUAGAAGACAUGGCUGUGGGAAUUUCAGAUUUGCAGAAAGUGAUGUUUAAAGUCAUUGAAGCCAAAUCAGAGGAUUUUUUGCCUAUUAUAACUGGAAGGCGUGAACAUUAUGUUAUAGAGGUCCAGCUUCCAGCAAAGAUGUUUGAGUUGCUGCCACAAGAGAUUAAAGAAGGAAAGCUACUUCGCAUGUAUCCAGUGCUCUUUAAUGUUGGAAUCAAUGAACAGCAAACACUCGCAGAGAGGUUUGGAGAUACCACUUUGCAGGAAAACAUUAACCAGGAAAACUUAGAACUUUUAAAAGAAUAUUACAAGCUGUUUACAGAAAAAAUGCCUCCUGAUUGUCUACCACAUUUUCAGGAACAAAAUGAUUUAAAGGGAUUGCUAGAAAAUCUCCAUCAAAAUAUCCAGGCCAAAAAGAGGAAGAAUAUAGAAAUCAUGUGGCUGGCUGCGACGAUUUGCCGCAAGCUGAAUGGAGUCCGUUUCACCUGCUGCAAAAGUGCCAAAGACCGGACAUCCAUGUCAGUGACGCUGGAGCAGUGCUCCAUCUUGAGGGACGAGCAUCAGCUUCACAAAGACUUCUUUAUUCAGGCACUGGAUUGUAUGAGAAGAGAAGGAUGCCGCAUAGAGAAUGUACUGAAGAAUGUCAAAUGCAGAAAGUAUGCAUUCAACAUGAUACAACUGAUGGCUUUCCCAAAGUACUACAGACCUCCAGAAGGGACAUAUGGAAAAGCUGACACCUAA